GACACUUUCAAAUUGCACUCUUCUUGCUUGCGUCAUGGUCGGGACUCAGGUUGCCAAGAAAGACAUAGUUCGGAUCGAUAAAAGUUCUGUUCUGCCUCGUCUCAGGGAGUCCCUUUUAACGCAGUUCCAAAAGGCUCUCUGGGCAGGGAUGGAGGCGAGAUCGAGAAAUAUAGCACAGGAAUUGCAUACCGGGCAUUUAGCCUCCUCGACAUUAUCUGUCGCAUCCUUGAGCUUGCUGGGCAUUCGUACGAACCUCUAUCCUAAACCAUGCGGAACCUGGAUGUGUGCCGGAAGAUUUAUUCACGAGCGAGGUUAUCUGAACGAAACGAUGCCUUGGUUUCGUGGGUAGCUCUGCGAGGUACACCAGUACUGGACUUCACGUUCGGCACUGCCAACAUUUCUCGGGACCCUGCCUACGCGUGGGAUGAGCAGUCUUCGUGGGAACACGUAUCCUACUCGUCAGAAAACUUCGACCGGAUGGUGGACCAUUUGGACUUCAUUUAUUCUAAUGACCACGAAGCGGCAUAUGGCAUCCUUUUGCUACUGGGUAUUAUGGGAGUGUGCUGCAGCCCCACUAAACGACAUUUGUUCAUCGAAAGGCUCAUUUCCUGCAUGGGCAGUAACAUGCCUACCUAUUUGCGCCAUGCCGCUCUUCGUGCUGCUCACGGUGCGCGAGAAGAAAUUGCCUCGAUCCAUGCCAUUGAUGAUGCGAGGCUACGGGACAUGGUUUUGACCAAGCUCUCCCCCACUAUCCUGUCCAUACUUUGUCCACACCGAGGUACAACACUCGCCAAUGAUGAUCCUGAUCCCUUUUUCAAUCAUGGCCACGACUUGUGCUAUCUCGAACUUGUCUUUGCCCUCGCAAAGAAUUCGGACUGGUACCCCCAUUUGUCUGGGGAUCGCCAUAUAGAUUGGUGCAUUAGCAUGAUUCCAACCUAUUGCAAUUCCGACAUCAGUCAGCAUGCCUUUUACAUAGCUGGUAUCCUCCUUCGAAUCGCACCUGGACAGAUGUCGGUUACAUCGCUCGGUUCUAUUACAGAGCAGCAGUGUUGGGAUGUGAUGAGAAGCGCAUGGAGCUAUAUCCCAGAUGAUUUUCGCAACACACGGUGUUUCGAGCUCCUCGUUCUUGUGGACGGCACAAAGAAGUAUAUGCAGAUUGCUUCAAAAUCUGAUCUCGAGCAGCUCAUCACAAAUGUGGAUAUUUUUCUUGAAACUCUGGAGUGGCGCCUGGCGAGAGCGGAGAUGCAAGGUUUAGAGCAGGGAGAGGGGAUCACUAUUGCUGUGAAGGAGUUGAGGACUGCAGCCAGCAACAUGCUGGAGAGCUUUGGUCAACAAUCAUUAGUCCCCUAAUUAUGACGGUUGCACGUUGCGUUAGAUUGGAAGUCAUUGACCGGGGAAGCGCGAAGUAUCAAAACCCGGCACAGAUUUAAGGUUUAUUGGGCGGAGGAAUUUCAAAUGGUGAUGAAAUAUCACCCGGCAUCGCGGCACAACAUCCUAAUACGUGAAAUAACAUUAUAUUCUACAUUGUUUUUGCCUACGGGAAGUCACCCAACUAACUGAGGCCUUGAGGUCUAAGUAGUGCUCACAAUUUUAUUCUAAGU